CCUUCGUCAAACCCUAAUCUUAUCUCCCUCUCUCGAGCGCCUCCUCUUAAAUUCUAGGGUUUCCACCACUUAACUCUUACUUGCAGUAGAAGAAAUCGUUUGGUAAUGGAGAGAACUAAGGUGGAAGAUGAGUUAAAUGUCCGUGAGGCCAUGAGAGUGAAUCUCGGUAAAGCUAUUGACAAGCUUCACUCUCAGGCUUCUGAACUACUUGUCUUCACUCAUCAGUGGAGAGACUUGGAGGAUGAUUUGAAGUCAGUGCAAGGUCAAGUGGAGAAGAGGUUCAUGGAGUUGGAGUCAAGAGAGGCGGAGUUGCGAAACAGAAGCUUUGCUAUUGAUACAAUAGGUGAUUUAGAGGUGAAAGCUGAUGGGCUGAGGAGGGAGAUCAAAGACAAAGAAGAGGUUCUUAAGAUGUUGGUGGAAGAGUGUGCGGUCAAGCAAAGGUCAAAGGAAAGUCAACUUGAUGAGAUGAUGGAAUCUAUGAGGAAGACUCAGGCUGAGCUAGCACAGAUGGAGACUAAACUCGAGAGGCAUCGUGUUGAGGUCACUGUAGAGAUGAGGCAUUUGGGUAGGGCUCAAACUCUCAGGAGAGAGUUGGAAGAGGAGAAUGAGAGAAAGACAAGAGAUCUCACAUUGGUUCAGGAGAAAGUUGUGGAGUGUGGUAAGCUGCUUGAGACAAGGUCCUUGGAACUAACAAAGACUCAGGGUGAGCUUGGUUUGAAGGUGGAACAGUUAGGACAUGUAAAGAUUGAGCUUACCACUAAGAUGAAGCAUCUUGAGAGGAUUCAAACACGCAAUAGAAAACUGGAAGAUGAUAUAGAGAGGAAGAGGAAGGAUCUUGCAGCGGUUCUUGAUAAAACUGCAGAAUGUGGGAAGAAGCUUGAGGCAAGGUCCUCGAAACUUGUUUCUAAAGAGAAAAAGUUGCAAGAACUAAGUCUGGACAUUGACCUGAAGGAAGAUAUAGCCAUAUCACUAGACAAGGAGAUGGAGAAGACUUGUCAAAAUACAGAAUCAAAAGCUAAGGAGCUGGAGAACAUUGAAAGGAUGAUUCAUGAACAGAGUGGACACUAUGAAUCAAUAAAGCUGUUGAUUCAGGAACACACUGAAGAACUUGCUUCCAAAGAGAAGAGACACAAAGAGAUCACAGAGGCUAUUCAUAAACUAUCUUGCAAGCAACUUUCAAAAGAGGAAAGAUGCAUUGCUGAGCAUGAGUCAACAGAAAAGGAGUUAAAGUCUUUGAAAGCAAUACUCACUGAGAGAGAUAAACAAAUUGAAGAAGGUGAGAAGCAAUUACAGUACUUGAGUCACUCCAAUAAUGAACUUAUCAGAAAACUCACUGGGAGACAAGAACAGUUUCGUUCAAGACAGAGCUCAACAACUGAUCUUAUAGCUGAGCAAGAUUCAGUUAAAAAGAAGCUUAGGUCUGUGAAAGAUGCAUUCAGACAGUGUAGCCAAAACCUGUGUAACAAAGAGAAGGAGUUGAAGUCUUUAGAGUCAGUACUCACUGAGAGAAACAAACAAGUUGAGGAAGGAGAGAAGAAGAUACAAGAUUUGAAUAACUCCAAUGAGGAACUUGUGAGACAAGUCAAUGUGAGACAAGAACAAGUUUGUUCAGUCGAAAAAGCGAUAAGGGAAUCCACAGAUAAGUUGGGAGCUAAGAGGAAAUAUUGUGAACGGGUUCAAAGAUCAAUUACUGACCUAACUGUUGUGCUGAAAUCAAAAGCAUGUCAUCUUAGUUCCGUCAAGAAAAAGAUUCAAGAAAGCUUGGAAGACUUGCAAUCAAUAAAGGAGCAGAAGGUCAGGCUAAAAGCAUCAUUGAUGGAACAUGAGCAAGGACUUGAACUGAAACAAAAGGAGCUUGACGAAAAAGAUCAGAAACUGAAAGCCACAGAACAGGAGUUGGCUAAAUGGGUUAAGGAUUAUGAUGCGGUAGCAAAGCAGUUGUCUAACCUUUGUCAAGAAAGAAACAUGGAUGUCCACAAACCAACAGGGAACUCAAGGAAACGUGGGAGAUAUGAUGAGUCACUAUCUCAGUCCUUAGAUGUAGAGACUCAUGGGAAAGAAAACACUUACAACUUUGAGAACCAGAGAUCUCAGGACAAGUUCAAGAUUGAUCAACUAUGGGCUGUUUAUAGCGAAGGGAUGCCAAGAAAGUAUGCUCAGAUCAAGAGAAUCGACACAAGCCCUGAGUUCAAGCUACAUGUAGCACCUUUAGAGCUGUAUCUCCCUCCCAACCUCAUGACACAUCCAGUUUCCUGUGGCCGCUUCAGGUUGAAAACUGGUAUAGCAGAAGUCCUUGCACCUAGCAGCUUCUCACAUGAGGUUAAAGCAGUGAAGAGUAAUGUAAACAGAUUUGAAGUAUAUCCAAGAAAAGGUGAGAUAUGGGCUUUGUACAAAAACUGGAAUAUUACAAACUGUGCUGAUGGGUCUGAAGAGGAAGAUCUUGAGAUUGUGGAAGUUGUGGAAACUAAAGAGCAGAGCAUACAAGCAAUGCUUUUGACUGCUAAAGUGUUUAGCAAGGUUCUAUAUGGAAGGUGUCUUGAGUCAAAGGAUGGUUUUGUAGAGAUCCCAAAGAAGGAAGUGAAUAGAUUCUCGCAUCAGAUUCUAGCGGUCAGACGUGAGAGGAGUGCAACUCGCCUUGGAGAUUGCGAAUGGUGGGAGGUUGACUCUAAAGCAGUUCUUGAUCUUAACCCAAAGAAGCAUAAGAGCAUCACUAUAGAUGAAGAACAUCUCAACACCAAAGGUGAUUUCAGAAGAAAAAGUAGUCAAAUGGAUUGGAAGAAAAGAUGGUAUGCGUCAUGAUGCCUCUCAUAAAAUUUCUCCAUAAUUGGGUCUAUAUGAGCUCUUCUCCGGCGGAAACACCGGUCGAUGUUGUGUCAAUUUUUUAACUCUCUCGAAAACAUUUAAGAGAUAUAUGUUUGGUCUUCAUUUAACCUUAUCAGAUGUUUCUUU